AUUAACAUAACAACAUCUUAAGGUCAGGACAGUUUACGCUGAACACUGCUUCGCGCCUCACAUACUUGAUUUGAAAUGCGCCUCUUGAUAAUCGUGAUUUCGCUGUUGAUUGGUGUACAAAGUGAGUUUGUGGUUCCGGAUGCCAAAGUUGAGGUGCUUCCAAAAGGAUUCAGAGUGUCCAUACCAGAUCAGGAGGGUAUCAAGCUGUUUGCUUUUCAUGGCAAACUGAAUGAAGAAAUGGAAGGAAGAGAAGGAGGUACAUUUUCCAGGGACAUUAUCAAGCCAAAAAACGGUAGAUGGACUUUUGUGGACAAAAUUACGAAGUUGAAAAAAGGCGAUAUUUUGUACUACUGGACUUACGUGGACUAUUUUGAUGGAAAAAAUAAACUCGGUUAUACUAAUGAUGACCAAAAGUAUAUUGUGAACGUGGAUGAUACAUCGGAAAUAAAUUAUACUGACGUAACUCCACACGUAACUCCCCAAAUCGAUGUUAGAGGAACAUGUACUGUACCAGUGACAGAAACUGAAGGACCAGUUUGUGCAGGCGCUUUAAUUUUUGAAGACACAUUUUCCCAUUUGGAUGAUGGUAAAUGGACUGUGGAACAACGAUACGCUGAUGCACCGGAUUAUGAAUUCGUAAUGUACAUGAAAAGGCCAGAAACUGUUGGAGUAGAAGACAGUAACCUUAAGAUAAAACCUGUAAUAUCAGACCAAGUAUUUGGAACUAAUUUUGUCUAUUCUACUAAGGGAUACGACUUCGGGGACAGUUGCACUGGAGUAAAAGAAUCUGUGGAAUGCAAGAAGAAAUACAGGAGUCCAUUCAUAUUACCACCAGUGAUCUCGGCUCAAUUGUCAACUAUAAACAGAUUUUCUUUUAAAUACGGUAAAAUAGAAGUAAGAGCCAAGUUGCCCAAAGGCCAAUGGAUUUAUCCAGAAUUAUAUCUAACACCCUCAAGCGAUGCAUAUGGAACCAAGCAUGAUUGUAGCAUUAGGAUUGCUUUUACUGACGGUCAGAAUAUGCGUGACUUGAAAGGGGGUCCUAUAGUGAAGUCUAGCACAACGAAUAAGAUGUUUAGUCCAAAAGAAACCAGUUCUAAUCAAGACUGGUGUGAUAACUUCCACAUAUUUGGAGUAGAGUGGACCCCAGAAAAAAUAUGUAUGUACGUAGACAGAGAAGAAUACGGUGUGGUUUAUCCCCCUGAACAGGGUUUCCUCAGUUUGAUCGGUAGGUCAAGUUCGAGUUCAUCUAGAAUGGCUCCAUUUGAUCAGAAGAUGUAUAUAACAGUAGGAGUUGGUGUGGGAGGACUAGUGUAUCCUGAUGCGUCGAACUACCCUUUAAAACCUUGGAUAAAUGGUGAAACACAAAGCGUCAAGAAAUUUUACAAUGCAAAGGAUCAUUGGUUAAAGACUUGGAGUGACAAAUCUGUACUUGAAGUUGAUUACAUUAAAGUUUGGGCGUUAUGAAAAAAAAACUGUCAGUAACACAAUAAUCAAAUCCAAGCGAAUAACCAAAAUUUCUGUGUUAUGUGCCG